GGGACUCGGCUAGGGAGACUCUUGGGUGCCCCACAAAAAGCAGGAAGCGAGGGAAGGGCAGACAGGGCUCAGAAGUAGGGCCAGAGGGGGCGGCAAGAAGCAAUUGCUGGGAAGCGGUCUUGCAACUCUGCCCCCUUCCGCCGUCCGCCUCCGCCCCUAUCAGGGACAGCGUGGGGUGGGGACUUCCCCCAGGCCCAGGCAGUAUAAGGCCGUCUCCCCAGGCCAGGGAACCCAGAGGGGAGAGGAGGGCCACCAUGUUCUCCUGGAGUGGACGAGCCCAGAGCCCAAGGGGCCUGGAGCCCUGUCUUUCUAGAACCUUGUGCCUGCUGCUGCUGUUCCUGGUCCCAGCCCGGGGGGUCACCCCUAGCCCCGAAGCCUGCAGGGUGUCCCAUUCAGAAAACGACACCUUCGUGGUAUGCUACCAGCCGGCCCAGUUCCCCAGCCACCUGCCAGCCAACACCUCCUACCUGUCGGUGGAGUUCUCCAACCUGACCCAGCUGCCGGCCGGGGCCCUCCAGGGCACCCCUCAGCUCCGCGAACUGCACCUCUCCACCAACCGGCUGGAGAAGCUCUCCGCGGGGCUGCUGCUGCCCGCGCCCCAGCUCAGGUUGAUGGACCUCACCCGCAACGCCCUGACCCGGCUGCCGCCGGGGCUCUUCCGGGCCUCGGCCGCCUUGGACACCCUGGUGCUGAAGGAGAACCUGCUGGAAGUCCUGGAGGCCGCCUGGCUGCAGGGCCUGGAAGCGCUGCAGUAUCUGGACCUGUCCGGCAACCUCCUGCGCGCACUGCCCCCGGGGCUGCUGGUCAACGUCACGGCCCUGCGCACCCUGGACCUCCGGGAGAACCAGCUGGAGACCCUGCCCCCCGACCUCCUCAGCGGCCCCGUUUGUCUGGAGCGGCUGCACCUUGAGGGCAACAGACUGCGCGCCCUCGGUGACCGCCUGCUGGCGCCCCAGCCGGGCCUGCGCGUCCUCUUCCUGGGCGACAAUGGGCUGGCGGCGGUGGCAGCCGGUGCCUUCCGAGGCCUGCGGCAGCUGGACAUGCUGGACCUCAGCAAUAACUCGCUGAGCAGCGUGCCCGAGGGGCUCUGGGCCUCCCUCGGGAAGCCCACCUGGGACAUGAGGGACGGCUUCGACCUCUCCGGGAACCCCUGGCUCUGUGAUGAGAACCUGGGCGACCUCUAUCGCUGGCUCCUGACUAACGAGGACAAGAUGUUCUUCCCGAAUGACACGCGCUGCGCUGGGCCCGAGGCCGCCAGGGGCCGGACGCUCUUGGCAGCGGCCCGGGCUCGGUGAGGCCUGGGCGGGCCCGGCAGACGCCACCUCCCCGAGGUGACGCAAGGCUGGCUCCACUGUGGCCCCGGUGGCCCGCCCGCGCUCCCCGAACCCUCCCAGCGCCAGGCUCCUUGCCUUUACUCAAGCCGUUCCCUGUCCCUGGAAUUCCGUUCCCCAUUUUCCAGAUCUUUUGGUGUCCAAGCUCCCCCAGCCACCCCCCUGCCCUUAUCCGGUUUCUUCUCCCUGGGGGGGCUCCGCUAGAGCCCGGUCUGAGCCUGAGUUCUCUGGGAUUCGGAUUCAGCACCCUUCAGCUUGGGGCAGACCCGAGCCGGUUAAUAAAUAACUCCAGCAACCGAAA